CGAGCGGCUUUCGGUUAAGAUAAGUCUUGUUGAAGCGCAAUUAAACUUCUUAUCAAUCGUUAAGGGUCAGAAGAUCAAUUAUCCGUAUAUUUAUGUUUGUGCUAAUAGUCAGAUAGACUAUUGAUUUCGUAUACUCGAAUAUUUUGUGAAUCACAUUUUAUCAUGUGGCAAUGUGUUUACCUUUGCAUGUUCGCUAUCGUAAUAGUGGCGUCAGCACCCGAUCUCUGUAAUGCUCUAAAGUUCGAUUUUUCGCAAUCCCGUGUUACCGUAAGCAAUGAUGUCAAGAAUUACUUUAACGGAAUAUCGCCGGCUCAAUGGAAGGACUUUGUGACAUCGGGAAUCGAUUCAAUAAACAGACAAAAAAGGCUGGAGGAUAAUCUUUUAAGCUCCGACAUAACGGUCCAGAAUGGCAGUAUCUCCCAUGCUCAGCUGCUGGACACGCUCCCCAAUGAAAAGUCCAAGCUGGACAGUGACAUAGCACUGAAAAUGCUGAAGACGAGUCUCUACAUCUACAACAGCAAGUGUGAUCCGCGAGGAAUCAGUGGGGAUGAGUGUCGCACCUAUUUGGAGACGAGGCCGCUGCCAGAGGGGAGCGCACUGCAAUCCGAGUGCCACAGAUUGUUGCAAAGUCAAAGGGAUGGACAUCAUGCAUUUAGGCGACUGAUGUCACAAAACUACAAGAAUGGUUUUCACGAGAUGUUCGGAGAAGAUGAACUGACACCUGCUUGGUCCAUCAGCAUGGCUCUCUAUGAUCGCGAUAAUGAAGCCUCCGAGAAGAACAGAGCCAGGAGCCAGAGUGAUGACAGUCGCGACUUGAACUUGGUCCUGGUGCAGUUUGCGCAGUUUGUGGAACACGAUCUCAGCAAGACUGUCUGCCAGUCAAUGAGCAAUGGCUCUCCAAUUGAGUGUUGCAACCGCAAUCAGAACAACUUGCAACCACGCUUCCAUCAUCCGUCAUGUGCCCCAAUUCUGUCCAAGGAUAAAUACGGUUUUCCCAAUUGCCUGAACUACGUUCGCAGUGCACUUGCUGUGGGUAAAAGGUGCAACUUUGGUGCAGCGGAACAGCUGAACCAAGCAACUGGCAUCUUGGAUCUGUCACAGCUUUAUGGCUUCACAGAUGCCGCUCAGCGUAAAAUGCGGACGCUGACAAAUGGCGCCUUGAAGUCCACAUCGACUGGCAAUCUGUUGCCCUUGACCUCGGACAAUGAUGGACACAGGUUCUGUGCAUGGGACAGCAACGCCAAUGCCACCAAUUGUUUUGUUGCUGGCGACUCGCGGGUUAAUAGCAAUCCCCUCUCCAUUUUGGUGUACACCAUCUUUAUGAGAAAUCAUAAUCGAAUUGCCGCCGAGCUGCUGGCACGGAAUAGAAAUUGGAGCGAUGAGCAGCUGUUCCAGGCGGCAAAGACUGUCAACAUAGACAUCUAUCGACGGGUGAUCAUAAAUGAAUGGCUUCCGGAGGUGUUAGGUGCAAACUUGGCCGCUCAGGUGUUGGCCAGUCCACCAACAGUCGCUGCAGAUCAACAUACCGAGGUAUCCAAUGAAUUCGGAGUGGCUGCCAUUCGAUUCUAUUUCUCUAUGCUUCCCAAUGAACUUCACAACUUGGCCAGUGGUAACAAAGAUGGCUCAAACAACAACGUUCUGCCACUGACGAAUCUGUUUGAGCUCAAGAAUGAAAUAUACACUCCCCAAAUACAGUAUACAUCCAAUAAGCUGAACGAGAUCCUGCAGAGCCUGCUCCAUGAGCGUGCCAGGAAAAUGGAUGCCUCCUAUGUGGGCGCAAUUGUGUGGCAUGAAAACACGAAACCUGAUCACGCCGAUGUCUUGGCAUUUGACAUACAAAGAGGUCGCGAUCAUGGACUUCAGCCGUACUACAAAUAUUUGGAGGCAUGCAGUGCAAUAAGUGUAACUGGUUGGUCUGAUUUCGAGUCAUAUAUUCCAAAGGAACUCUUGGAUAAGCUAAAGAAUGUGUACAGAAACAGAUGGACUGAUGUGGAUCUUAUGGUCGGUGGUAUUUCAGAGCGCAUUGUUAAUGGAACUGUUGGACCCACCUUUGGCUGUAUUCUGUCGGAGCAAUUCUCCAGAAUCCACGAACGCCAUCAGCAGCAGUUGUCCUCAACCCAAGACUCUCUUUUGGCCGCCUAUCGAUCCAUGAACGGAAGCAAGCUGUUGUGCCUGAACUCAGAUAUGAUCGCAGUGCCCGAAAAUAUCUUCCGAUUGCAGUCCAACAGCAAUCGGUUGGUCAACUGUAACAAUGUGGCAUAGUUCGGCAAUGAGAGACGGGGCAGAGAGAUGUGGAUUGAUUUGAAAAACCCCAAUUAAAACCAAGUCGAAUUUAUACGAUGUUCCUAAUCUCCAUUCAAUAAACCACUAACUCAGCAACUUAUGGAAUACAACUUGAUAAUUCAACAAAAUAAAAUAUGAACAAACUAUAAUAAUAAUUACUAUACUUUUUGUAGCUUCUGGAACACCCAAGUAAACAGAUACAAAUAUCAAUAUGUAUGUGAAUAUAUCAUA